AUGGCCUCUUUAAAGUCAAAAAGCAAUUUGCCAUGUGUUAUGUUUGGUGAUUUUAAUGAAAUAACUAGCUUGAGUGAAAAGGAUGGUGGUGUUCCUAGAAGUGAGAGGCUCAUGGAUGCAUUUAGAGAUGCUAUCGAUACAUGUUGCUUUCGUGACCUGGGAUUUAAAGGUAGCAUAUACACUUGGGAAAGAGGGAAUUCUAUGUCGACUUAUGUGCGUGAACGGUUGGAUAGGUUCCUUGCUGAUGAUGGAUGGGUGUCUUUAUUUCUAGAUUAUGAAGCUCGAAAUUUCCCUAUUUACAGCUCUGAUCAUACUCCAAUUAUGUUGACUGUUAAGAAGAGAGAUGAUCCCGUUGCACAGGGUAAGAGUUUUCGGUUUGAGCCUCUUUGGCUUUCUCGGGAAGAAUGUGGGGAGAUUGUUGAUAGAAGUUGGCAUAAGAGUCUUGCUGUGGACAUAAAUCAAAAAUUUGCUCGAUGUGGUGAGGAUUUGAGUUCAUGGGCGGGGAAGACUUUUAACUCGAUCAAGAAAAAAAAUAAAAAAGGCCAAACAAAAGCUGCGUGA